AUGUCGCUAUUCUCRAMGCCMMAAUUUCYUGUACACAAACUCACACUAAAUUUCGUAGUAGUAGUUCCUAGCAGUGGUACGUACGAGAACUGUACAGUACCUGGUAGGAGAAAAUCCCGCCUUGUCAAUCGUUUACUCAUCAAAAUCUUUGCCGCAACCACCAGGAAGGUGAGGCGUAUGUAUGGAUAGUACAUGCGACGAAUAUGUAGAGUUACUGGAGUGCUAUCUGUUCACCAACGCAAGACGACCAUCUGCGAAAUGUAAGUAUGCUCUUUAGUGUCGUAUAACUACGUGUUUACAAUAAAGAGUGAGUGGAUGUGCUGUUUGCUGUCACUCACUAUUCACUCGUGAUUUACUACGUGGUAUUGCCUCACACCAUCAACGACCAAGAAAAAUAAAUCAUCGACGGCAAAAAGUUGUUUGUUGUUUUUCGUUGACGCCUUCCCUCGUCGCUCGCUUCGUACGUACUGGUAUGUACAGGUAUGUGCGGUACGGUACGUACCAAUACCAAUUUCGUCUUCGGACGAUGGUUCUGUUUGCUCGUGGAUGGUUGUUCCUGUUCCGUGGUGGCAGCGGCGUCAAAUCCCGGCAACCCAACACCGCGAACAAGAUCCCCUCCCCAACCACCACCACCACCACUAGCACUAGUACUAGCACCCAAACGACCACACCACACCACACCACACCACACCACACCGCACCGCUCCGCAGCACCCAACCCUUCCACCCAGCGCCGGGACAACAAGCAUGACCACCACCGCCGGCGCCCAUGCUUUCGUCCCCGAGGCCUACCUCGAAGGCCUCGCGCUGGAAACCUUCCUCCUGGAAACCCUCCUGAAGCGCCACCGGUGCAGCCACGGCCGGACCCUCUACUUCCGCCGCAUGGAGAUGGUCCUGAAGAAGCUCCUGCUCCCGGCCGGUCCCUCGGGGAAGCGCCCGCUGCUGGUGGUGGACGCCGUCCGAAGGCUGCAGGCCCUGCACGCGGAGGCGGACCGGUGCUUCCGGGAGCAGACCUUGGCCGCCGCGAGCCGGAAGCGGAAGGGGCGCCAUUCCAAGGCGGACGAGCGCUGGGACCAAGGGUCCCUGCUCGCGGAGAAAAGAAGGGCCGCACAAGGGGCGCUCUCGGAGCUGGUCAGGGUCUGGACGGGGACCCUCCCCGAGGUCCUCUCCCGGAUCAAGCACGCUUCGGGGGCCCUCUUCAAGGAGGCGAGCCGGGGGUUCUUUCUGCCCUUUGUGACGGUGGCCCUGGCCGCCCUCGCCCGGAUACGGGCCUUUUGCGCGGAGAUCGGGGCCCGGGGCCUGGCCAGGCUGCAGGAGCUCGACCCGGCACCAAUAUCGACACCGACAUCGAAUCCGAAAUCGAGCGCGGCCCCGAACGUCCCAAUUGCCGCGUACAGGCGCUGCAUGGACCUCUUUGUCGAGCCCGGGGGCGGCGACCGCGAGCGACAACGGAGGGCGAUGCUGCGAAGCGCGGGCGGUGACCCGGGAGGCCGGGCCGCCUUUGCGUCUUCCGACACGGUCGCCACCCUGAAGAGCCUGGGCCUCUCGCCACCGGGGUCUGCCGCAGCAUCGGCCCGGAAAACGGCUAGCGAAGGGGACGGCGGAAAGGCCGCUUUGUCCGGCAAGGCCGGUGGCGGGGGACACGGAGAAGAGGGCGCCGAGACCCCGUGGAAGCCGUCGCCGCUGGCGGAAGACAAGGACGACGGCGAGCACGAGCACGACGACGACGACUACCACACCCUCGCGGCGGCACCGGCGCUCGCGGACGACUCCACGGGGGACGGAUCGGUCGGCGGGGACGACCACCCCUCGACGCGUCCGGGAACCGGGCGGAACAGGAGCGCGGGCGCCGGCACCCACCCGGACGACGCGCUGGACCGCAACCUGUCGCUCGUCGACCGGUUUCGAACCAAGAAGAAGGGCGGGCCAGUUGGCGAUCGGGGUGCUUCCGCCUCCGCAGAACAGCCGAGCCCGAAGAAGCGGGCCGCGGACCGCCCGGGCGGGGAAAGCAGGGGCAAGAAGAAACGAACCUCCAAGCAGCCGUCGAAGAAACGAAAGAAAAAGAAGGAAAAGGGCGGCGAUUUCUUUGACGACAUUUUUGGUUGAUCGAUUCGUUCGUUCGUUCGUUUCGAUUGUUCGUUUCGACUGCCGAUUGACGAUUCCCAAUCGAAUCGAAUCGAAUCGAAUCGAAUCGAAUCGAACCGAACCGAACCGAACCGGUACGCCGCCGACGUGGACUCCCCGGGGAUCCGUUUUGCACCGAUGGGCACCGCCCGGCAAGCCAUUCAAGGCGGGAAAGCAAACAUUGU